AUGCGGGGCUUGAUAUUAGCCCUGGUUUUAACCCUGGUGGGGAGCCAGCAUCUUAAUUACCAACCCGAUUUCAGUGAAAACAAGGUUUAUACGUUUAAUUAUGAAAGUGUGCUUCUCAGUGGACUUCCAGAGAAAGGACUUGCAAGAGCUGGAAUAAGAAUAAAAAGUAAAGUGGAAAUUAGUGGUAUUGGGCCAAAACUUUGUCUUAUUAGGAUUCACUCAAUUGAAGCAGCAGAGUACAAUGGUGUCUGGCCUACAAGCUCAUUCUCUCGAUCACUCAAACUGACCCAGGUACUAACCGGGCAACUUAGUAAUCCCAUCAAGUUUGAGUAUAGCAAUGGCCAUGUUGGAAACCUUAUGGCUCCUGAUUCUGUCUCGGAUGAUGGUCUGAACAUCUACAGAGGGAUUCUGAAUGUGCUGGAGCUAAGUAUAAAGAAGAUGCAGCAUUCAUACAGCUUACAGGAGGCUGGGAUUGAAGGUAUUUGCAACACAACGUACACAAUCCAGGAAAACAAGAGGGCAAACUUAGUCUAUGUGACCAAAUCCAAGGACCUGAACAGUUGUGAAGAGAAAGUUGAAGUGGUCACAGGUUCAGCAUACACUCAUCCGUGCCAGACCUGCCAGCAGAGAAAUAAGAAUUCCCGGGCAACUGCUACUUACAAUUACAAAAUUAAAUAUACACGUAAUGAAGCUGUAAUUACACAAGCUGAUGUUGAGGAAAUCCACCAGUUUGCACCCUUCAAUGAGAUAACAGGAGGAAAUGCUAUAGUAGAAGCAAGGCAGAAACUUGCUUUGACUGACGUGCAAAAGCACAUGGCAGAGGUCCCACCAAAAGAAUUCCAGAAUCGUGGAUCACUUCAGUACCAGUUUGGCAGUGAAUUGCUUCAGCUUCCUGUCCACUUAUUCAGAAUAAAAAAUGUGGAAAGCCAGAUAGAGGAAAGCCUGCAAGACCUAGUAGAGACCACAUCUGAACAGCUUUCCAGCGAUGCACCAGCAAAAGCCCUCAAGCUUGUGCACCUCUUCCGUGCAGCAAACGAGGAGAAUUAUGAAUCAGUGUGGAAGCAGUUCUCCAGUCGGCCAGCGUACAGGCGCUACAUUUUGGAUAUAAUUCCUGCAGUUGCCAGUCACCGUGCACUCAGGUUCUUGAGGCGUAAAAUGGAAAGGCAAGAACUCACCAACUGGGAAGCAGCUCAGACGGUGCUUGUGGCUCUGCACUCAAGCACACCAACACGGGAUGUGAUGGAGGAAGCAACACUCAUCGUGAAAAAACAUUGCCCGCGCUCAAGUACUGUACUUGGAAAGGUUUGCCAUCUCAGCUACGCGUCACUAUGCCACAAACAGUGCUCUUCAUCAGACUCCUGCUCUGAAUGUCUCCAGCUACUUCAUGGCUUUGCAGGAGAGGUAUUGAGCAAAUCUAACACAGAAGAAAUUUCCCUGGCUUUGAAAGCCCUUGGGAAUGUAGGACAUCCAGCCAGCAUCAAGCAUAUCAAGAAAUUUUUGCCAGGAUAUGCAGCCAGCGCCUCAGAUCUGCCCCUCAAGGUCCAUGCGACUGCUGUGAUGGCCCUGAAAAACAUAGGAAUGAAAGACCCCAAAAUGGUCCAGGCUAUUACCACUGAGAUUUUCCUGAAUCACAAAAUUCAUCCUCGGGUCCGAAUGCUAGCUGCAGUGGUUUUGCUUGAAACCAAGCCAGGUCUUCCAAUACUGAUGACAUUAGCUGAUGCUGUGCUGAAGGAACCUAGCAUGCAAGUGGCAAGUUUCAUCUACUCUCACCUGAGGGCCCUGGGUAGAAGCACAGCUCCAGAUCUUCAAGUGAUGGCUUCUGCCUGCAGAAUGGCUAUCAGAGUAUUAAGUCCCAAAUUCGACAGAUCUGGAUAUCAAUUCAGCAAGGUUUUCCGCUUCAGUAUGUUUAAAGAGGUCCUUAUGAGUGGACUGGCAGCUAAAUAUUUGGUAUUGAAUAAUGCAGGCAGCUUAAUUCCAACGAUGGCAAUGUCCCAGCUGCGGACAUAUUUCCUUGGAAGAGUGGGUGAUCCCUUGGAGGUGGGAAUAAUGGUUGAAGGACUGCAGGAGAUGUUUGCUAAACGUUACUCUCCUGACAGGAGCUGGGAGACUGACUAUGACUUCAAGGAAAUCCUGAAAACGCUCUCUGACUGGAAGGCAUUCUCCAGUGACAAACCUUUUGCAUCCGGCUACUUGAAGAUGUUUGGUCAAGAGUUGUUCUUUGGUGGACUUGAUAAAAAUGCCAUUCAAAAUGCAUUGCAGGCAUGGUAUGGACCUGACGAAAAAAUCCCUUCGAUAAGGAGAAUAAUCAGUAGCCUUCAAAGUGGUGUAGGGAGGCAGUGGACAAAGGCUUUACUGUCCUCUGAGAUCCGUCGUAUUGUGCCCACCUGCACUGGGUUCCCAAUGGAGACCAGCUUCUAUUACUCUUCUGUCACAAAAGUGGCAGGAAAUGUUCAAGCACAGAUUACACCUUCUCCAAAGUCUGAUUUCAGAUUGACUGAGUUACUAAAUGCCAACAUUAGGCUGCGAUCCAAAACGAGUCUAAGCUUGGCUAAGGAGAUGACCUUUGUAAUGGGGAUCAACACACACAUGGUCCAGGCAGGGCUGGAAGCACACACCAAAAUGAAUGCUCAUGUACCUGUGAAUGUUGUUGCCACUGCCAAUAUGAAGGAAAAAAAUAUCAAAAUUGAAAUUCCACCAUGUAAAGAUGAGACUAACAUAAUUACUGUAAGGUCUAAGGCAUUUGCUUUUACACGAAAUAUUGGGGAUUUGGCUGCUAGUAAGAUGACUCCAGUUCUUCUGCCUGAAACAGUGCCUGACAUAAUGAAGAUGUCCUUCGAUUCAGAUUCUGCAUCGGGCGAGACUGAUAACAUCAGGGACAGACAGUCUGCAGAAGAUGUUUCAUUGGGAAAUUCCUUUUCCUUUGGACACUCUUCUUCCCGAAAAGAGCCAUUUGUUCAGUCCAUAUGUUCCAAUGCAAGUACAUUUGGGUUUCAAGUGUGCAUUGAGAGGAAAAGCGUACAUGCAGCAUUUAUCAAAAAUGUGCCUCUUUAUUACCUAGUUGGAGAGCACGCCCUUAGAAUAAGCUUCAAGCCAGUUUACACAGAGGCACCUAUUGAAAAAGUACAAGUCACAAUUCAAGCAGGAGACCAAGCUCCUACAAAAAUGGUACGUUUAGUAACAUUUGAAGAUCCAGAGGCACAAGUAUCUUCCGGCAAAGAAGCAAUUAAAAGAGUGAAGAAAAUCCUUGAUGAUACUAAUGACCAGGGGACAAGAAAAUCCAGAAGCUCAUCGUCCAGUGCCAGCAGCACCAGUGGAAGGGCCAAGAGUACAACAAGCAGCCCCUCCAGCAGCGACUCUGACAACAGAGCAUCACGCGGAGGCACCCAGAUAAAUCUGAAAACAAAACAGUCCAGAGCCAAAGGAAAGAAAUUUUACCCGUUUGGGGACAGCAGCAGUAGCACCAGCAGCAGUAGUGGUAGCAGCAGCAGUAGCAGUAGCAGCAGCAAAAGCAGUAGUAGUAGCAGCAGUAGCAGUAGUAGUGGUAGUAGUAGCAGCAAAAGCAGCAGCAGUAGCAGCAAAAGCAGCAGUAGUAGUAGUAGCAAAAGCAGUAGUAGUAACAGCAGCAGUAGCAGCAAAAGCAGUAGUAGCAGUAGCAAAAGCAGUAGCAGUAGCAAGAGCAGUAGCAGCAACAGCAGCAGUAGCAGUAGCAAAGCAUCUGGUAUAAAGCAUAAGGCUAAGAAGCAGUCCAAGACCACAUCAUUUCCACACGCCAGCGCUGCUGAAGGAGAGAGAAGUGUCCGUGAGCAGAAGGCUAAAACACAGAGUAGCAGCAGUAGCAGCAGAAGCACCAGCAGUGGCAUCAGCAGCAGCAGUGAAAGCGUUGGUGUUUCCCCUCGCCACAGCAAAUAUGACAGACAAGAUGAGCCGAAACGUGUCAAGUCCCAAUUUAACAGUCACAAGAGUUACGACAUUUCUACAGAAUGGGAAUAUCACCUUCCAAAAGUAUACCGGCUCCGUUUCAGGUCUGCUCACAUCCAUUGGCAUCCAGAUCGAAAGACAUCAAGCAGCUCAUCGUCAUCUUCCUCCGAGUCGGGAAGCAGCCACAGCAACAGCAGCAGCAGUGACAGCAGCAGCAGGAGCAGUCGCCCGAGAGGCACCAGCAGCAGCAGCACGCAAAAACAUGGAGGAAGCGCCGGCCACAGCUCAAGGAGGAGCCACGUGAGCAGAGGAGUCAGCACUCACCACAGCCAUGGUUCCAGCCUGACGCACGAGCGCAACUUCCUGGGAGACGUAAUUCCACCUGGCAUUACGAUUGUGGCACAGGCAGUAAGGAGUGACAACAGAAAUCAAGGUUAUCAAGCUACAACAUAUGUUCGUUCUGACGCUGCCAAAGUUGAUGUGCAACUAGUUGUGGUUCAGCUGGCUGAAACCAAUUGGAAAGCAUGUGCUGAUGCUGUAAUACUGCCUCUGAAAGCACAGGCCAGACUGAGAUGGGGCAAGGAGUGCCGGGACUACAGGAUAGCAGCCGUGGCUACCACAGGCCAACUGGCAAGGAAGCCAGCUGUGCAGCUGAAGGUGCAAUGGGGAAACCUUCCCUCCUGGAUAAAAAAGACAAGCACAGUAUUCAUGCAAUACGUUCCUGGUGCAGCACUCGUGUUGGGCUUCUCAGAAGCACAUCAGAGAAAUCCAUCUCAUGAAUUUAUUGUAAGGGCAGCUGCAACAUCUCCACGAACAAUUGAUACAGUAAUUAAAGCUCCUGGGGUAACACUUUACUAUCAGGCACUCCGAAUGCCAUUCACUCUGCCCUUAGGCCCAUCUCCAACUUACGAGACUCGAGAUAUCACUGCCUGGAAUUUAUUUCCUGAAAUAGCUUCGCAAAUAGCACAAGAAGAUCAAUCCACGUGUGAAGUCAGCGAGGGAGAUUUCAAGACAUUCGAUCACAUGAGCCGUACAUAUUCUUUCAAUAAAAGCUGCAACCUGAUAGUGGCCCAAGACUGUACUGAACACCCAAAAUUCAUCAUUACUACAAGAAAGGCUGAUCCUCAAUCUUUCUCAAGACAGGUUCACAUAAAUACAACCUCAGCGAACAUCACAAUCUGUCCUGCUGCAAAUUCAUCUCUCCGUGUGGCAUGCAAUGAAGAACCAGUUCUAUCACACAGUGGAGUUUCUGAGUAUGAAAAAGACAAUGUCAAAAUUUAUACAAACGGAACAACAGUUAUCGUGGAAGCUCCAGCGCAUGGACUGAAGAAAGUGACUUUUGAUGGUGUGAUCCUUAAGGUUACCGUUGCUUCAUGGAUGAGAGGAAAGACCUGUGGAGUUUGUGGAAAUAAUGACAGAGAAAAGCACAAUGAACUCCUAAUGCCAAAUCAUAAGCUGGCACACAGCUGUUCCGCUUUUGUUCAUUCAUGGGUAUUGCUAGAAGAAACCUGCUCUGGUGGGUGCAAGCUGCAGCGCAGUUAUGUGAAGCUGAAUCGAAAUCCUACUAUUGAUGGAGAGGAAUCUACGUGCUACUCUGUUGACCCAGUACUGAAAUGUAUGAAAGAUUGUACUCCAAUCGAAAAAACUUCAGUUAAGGUUGGCUUCCGCUGUUUCCCAAAAGAUACUGCUGUAAGCCUGCUGGAAUGGCAGAGAAGCAGCGAUAAGAAAUCUGCAUCUGAGGAUGUUGUGGAGUCUGUGGAUGCUGACAUUGAUUGUACCUGCGCUGGUGACUGUAGUUAAGCUAAACGCUUUAGUGUUGUGCUAUAGACAUACUAUACAAAUAAUUGAAUAGCAGGACAGAUAAGAAGGGAACGUGAUAGCUGUAGUAAAAUAUUAAGAAGUGUGCUUGAAGAAAAUAAGCCUACUGUAUUGCAUCCAAAGUCAAAUGCAUUAUGUACAGUCUGCACUGCUUAAUAAAUAUGUUGUUCAUUAAAUAAGUA